CGGGUCGGAAGUACUAGAUGUAGAAAACGUAGUUCGUAGUUUUUAGGGAUUACCUUUUUAGUUUUAGAAAACUUUCCAUUCGCCCAAUGGAGGCCGGCAAUACGGCUCCUUUUAGAAAAACUUGGUAUGGUCACUACCAUAUUUGCAUGUGCUGCUCGACGUGUCUAUUUAAACUCCAUCGAAAUUAAGAACAAAAAAUAUUAUUUUUCUGUGCUAGCUCCUGAGGCGGAGAAACAAGGAAGUGCAUAGAAAUCGGCUGGUAGUACAAAGAGACGAGGCCGUAUGUUUGACUUGACGGACGGAAACGGAUCAAACCAUAUCUACAGCAAAUACGAUACAACUGCUCGCGUGGGUGCGCGACCGCUAGGAUCUGCAGUUCUAGUUUCCAUGAAACAAGAAGUGUUUGAUUUUUUUCACAUCCAAGAGCAUUCUUUCGUGCAGGCUACAGUUUGACCUUGACGCCGCUCUUAAGCCGUCUAGACGACUCUCGAAGUUAUAUUUAUUGAUUCCCCCAUUGGGUAAACAUAGAACAUUGAUUGUUACUGUUUAGUCAUUUCAAAUAUAAUUUUUCUUCCCUACUUCUCUUUCGUCCCGGCAGUUUUCAGAGCCUACGGACGGCAUGCUUCUUUCGCUUUGGUGUACGAGUUUGUACGCCACGUUAGGGGGAGCGCUAUGAUCAUGUGUGAAAAUAUAGCAUAAAAUACUACUACAGGGAUAUCUACUAGAUUUCAUUGGGAAUCUCUACUGAUCGGAUUCCAGUCGUCGUCACUUCCGCAUCCUGUGACAGACACUAGUUACUAUAGGUAAGUACGUCCUUACGAGGGAGAGCGCGGCUCGUACAUUUUUUAUGGGAAGAUAGAAGUAACAGUAACUGUUGGUAUCCUGCUCCGGUACACAAGAUUCAGCAAGACUGUUACAGAAGCAGAGCGGUUUCCUAACUAAGACGCACGUAUGGACAACUCGACUUUGAGAUGAACAAAGUCUAGGACGACUUACAAUCGGAGUACGGCGGUGUGCUAGAAUACAAAGUAAAGCUUAGAAAAGAAGCAUGUAACGUAGAAUACUGACAUUUUCCCCCGCAUUUUCGUCAUGAAAGGCAGAAAGAAGAAAGAAAACUGACAUCCCGGAGGAGGUUUUUUCGAGAAGAAAAGGAGGAUCAGGAUCACAGCAAACACUUUGGUAGCACUAGCGACCUAGUAUGGGAAAGAGCAUCACCAUACGCGAGGCCAGCAGAGGUUGAGACAAGAGUUUUUACUCCUCGCAGCAGGCUAGGAAUAUUUUUAGUGGAGCUGAAGCAGAAUUUCCGGAGUGAAGACGCAAAGAAGUAGUACAGCAGUCACAUUCCGUAAAAAUAGAAGUACCAACAUCGCGACUCGAGUUACAGUUCACCGACACUACUUCUACUACACGUCCUCGGGCGACAGGAGCCGGGGGUUUGGACGCAGUCACAGGCACACCCGAUCUUCUCUUUUCUUCUCCUCUACUGCGCGACGUUGUCCAGGGUUUGGAUUUCGUCGAGUCGUGGAGGCUGAAAGAGGUACGAGAAGAAGAACAGACGAAAGGCAGUAUCAUGAGCCUCCUCCCAGGAAGUAGCUCUAGCGACAACACUGGCGGUGCACUGCUGCAGCAGCAGCAGUUCGGUGCGCAGCAACAACAUCAUCAACAGCACUUGAAUACUUUUUGGCCAGGUAGUUGCCCGAGCGGCGGCACAGCAAGUGCCAACGGUCAUCUCCACACAGGCUUGCAGCAACCGCCGUCCGCCGUAUUGCAGCACCGACAGCCCCCGGCAGGCAUUUACGCGAGGAGUUUUGGAGUAGCUGGACCCCCGGGAGGACCCGGAGUUGCACCGCCAGUGUUUGCCUUUCCACAACAAUCGAACGCCCACAACCAUCUGCAACCAGCACACCGACAGCACGACCACGUGCAACCAGGCGGAGGGCGACUGUCGUAUUCGACCAACACGUCAGGACAAUUUGCCGCUCAGCACCAGCCGCAACAGCAGCAGCAGCAGCAGACAUCACAGGUGCUGCCGCCCCCGCCCUCGAAUAGGCUGAUGGCGAAGCCGAAGGUUCGGAUAACGCGGCCAGGAGCUGGUGGAGAGCACAACACCGCGUCCACGCACCCGAAGGCUUCGAUUGCCGGUGCGGCGAACAGCGACCCCUUGCACAAGCAGGUGAUCAAACCAGAGAAGGACAAAAAGCCGGACAAACCGAAGCCGGUGAAGCCGGACAAGCCCAAACUGGUCAAGCCCGACAAACCCCGCUGUUCCGCGAUGAAGACAACCUGUCGCCCGGACAAAAUUGACAUGUGCGGGGGCGCCGGCCGGGGAGCCGCCGCGAUGACAGGGCAGCAGCAGGUGGUCUUUCACCACCACCAGCAGUCGGCGGCAAGCAGUGUCAACAAAACCUGCGGCGCAGGACCAGCCGCGGCGGAAGACUCCGACGUGGAGAUGAACGUGGAGUCUUCGCAGGAAGACGUCGAGAUGGCAGACGAGAACGCCAACAACGAGGGAAGUGAGCAACAGCUUGUAAUGAAGAAAGGAAGAAGUUGCAACAACAAAAGCGCCACUUCCUCAUCUGCACCAGGCGGUACUAUCAAAAACGUCGCUCAACAGCAGCAUCCAAGUUUUGCUGUCACAACAAAUGAUAACUCUACUUUCGGUGGUGCGGGCGCUUUAUUCCCGCGAAGCACCAGCACGGUAUCGACGCACAUCGACUCCACGAGGCCGUCAACGAGGGAGAGCUCCGUGCAGUCGGUCGACGGGGCGGCAUUGGAAGUGUUGACCACAGGGAUGAAAAAGAGUUCAGCUGCAUCGACGAGCAGCAAAGCGGCCACGCAGCAGAGAGGUCGGAGUCCGCCGGCUGCGCAGACGGCGCAGAGCGGUUUUCAACAGCAGCCCCCUCAGCAGACGGCACAGACAAGCAUGAAGGUUGCUCGAGGGAAAGCCAAGGCCAAAGCAAAGGCAGUUGCCUCAACGGGGGGAGGCAGCAGUUCUUCUGCCUCUUCAUCAUCCUCAGCAACGACCGCGAAGACGGUCGGAGGACCAGCUGCUGCGGCGCCAGUAGCAAAAAGUACGUUCCAGAUACCAGGGGAUCCGUUUUUCGCAGGCGCCAGUGGAUCCUUUGCAGUACAGUCCGUACGGAAACCACAACCGCCGGCCGUCACAACGACGCCGCACUCGGGAGGCAAAGGGAAGGGCCGGCGGCCCGGCGGGAAACCGGCCGUGGCGCAGAUCGUUGAUCCGGACAGUCACAAAACGGUAGUGGAGCGCGACAUCGACGAGAUGAUGAAGCAAGGUCUGAUCUUGGACUUCGAGAAGCCGGACAUUCUGCCCUACCUCGUCGAACAGCCUCACGCAAAUUUGGACCAGUUUGAUCGCGACCGACUAGAUGCGGCCAAGACGAAAGAAUACGGUAUAGUACCUGAGUAAAAUUCUCGAAGAACUUCUGCGAUUUCCAAUAAAUGCUACGAGGUUGGUUGUUUUACCGUGUGCAGGUGAGUUUUAUGUUGCUGAUACAAUGAUGCUUCUGCUGUUGCCUACUGUAAAAAAAAAACUCCAGAUCUGGACAACUACACCAUGGAGAGAGUGCGAGACAGCAUGAAACGGGGCAGCUACAUCAACCGGUACCGAUGGCCGAAGAUUACCGCCAAUGUGGACAUUCAGUUCGAGCGGGUCCGGGAAAACGUCCCGAAGGGUAAGCGCAAUCUCCAGCCCGAAUACUUUCACACAGUAAUUGUCUCUUUCUUGCAAAUUCAAGACGAAGAAUUUCGCGGAAUGGGGCUCGCGCGGCCAAUUUUGUUGCGCGCGAUCCGCGCUGCAAUGCAGGAAAGCGAUCAGGUACUUCAUAUACUUGAUUUUGGACUUUUUAUUUCUCUCCCCUUGCUGGGAAUUAUAUACUAGUAUGCACUUACUCAGAGGGGCUGGAGUGUGUGAUAACAGGUCACCCAGCACGUUUUUGGACGUUCCUCCAUAAUAUCACGCCAAGAGAAUGCUCUGUGGUCAGAUCGAAGUUGCGUUGAAGGCGCUCCGCUUGCGCAGGUUAUCCGGCGUGGGAUUGACAUCUUCCGACUCCAUGGGCUCGGGACCGAAUGAAACUCUAUCCAAAUAAACUCUUUCAGGCCAUCCAGGCGUUGCGGUUUAGAAUACGGCCUUCGGACACGAGCGGAAGCGCGACUCUGGCGGCCGAACACGCGCGCCUUGCUUAUCUGUACUGUAAAACGGGCCAGACGCUGGAUUACGUGCAUCGCGACUCGCAGUUUUCUCGGACUGGGAACCGGGCAAUCGAGAUCGUGUUGACCAAGCACCGCUGUGUGCUAGACAAAAUCAAGUAGCGCAUUGCAAAGUGGAACUACGCGUGAAAACGAGAAUGAUGUAGUUGACAACCAUAAAACUGGAAUUCAGCUGCAGGAGCACAGAUAGACAUAGAAUGAUGUUACGGCAGGAAGUCCACGCUUACGCAUUCUGAUAUGUUUGAUUGUUGACCAAGAAAAAAGCACGGCAAAUCGAUGUCAAUGUUGCCGGAAGUUAUUUGCCCAGGUGAAAAAUAGUAGAGAACACAUUACAUGUAGGAAAAUCAGCAUCGCUAGUACUGUGCGCAAGCAACGCUAUCAUUAACAACUUUACAACAUUCCGACGCAACUUGAUACGGCAGCCCGACAUUCUAAGCUAUGACGCAACGCAAUUGAAACGAUAUCACUCACCAACUGAGAUAACUAUCCGCUGGAUGGAAAAACAAAAAGAAUGGCUACAGAAACUGAUGCCAAAAACAUAUUGCCCCGGCUUUGUACCGCUUUACUCGUUUGCUUUCUUGAUGUUACAAGCGUUGCCAUUAAUAUUUCUGACAUCGGCUACUUCUAGGCGUACGAUGAUAUUAAGAGAGCUGUAUCUAGGUAAGUAGCUCGGUGUGGCGCGAAUUUGUUUGAAGCAUUUCGAGGGUACUAGUUUUGUAGUUCCGAGAGCUAGUAAGUGCCUUGUGUAAAAUAAAGGGCUUUGCCGUUCCCUCCGUUCGUUUUCAAGCUCAGCACAAGGUUGUUGUUUGCGCUGCAGUUUUGCAUCUAGUCCUCAACAUCGAUUUCAUGCGACUGCGUCUCUGGUGCCACUGCUGUCGCGCAACAGGGGCCUACUUUGUGUAGCUUUUCCUAGCGGCGCGGGUACGUUUUGUUGCUGCGUUUGGCCACUAAAGCUAUUCUUGUCCGCUUUCCUUCUCGUCCUCGUCCUGUCGCGAAUAUAGCCAAGUACUUCUUCCAUUUCUACGCACGUUUUCAUCAAAUAUAGUUGUUGUUUGCGUUUCUGCGUAGCAGGAGCUGCUACGCGUCUGUUAAUUUUGGCAAGGAUUGUGACGUUAUGGCAAAAAGGAAGAAGUACCCCCUCCUUGUUCAGGAGGGACUCUGUUGCUCAGCGGAGAAACGGAGAAAUCAAUUCGGAAAAGAUCGAGAAACAGCGAGUCGAUAGUCACUCGAAAGUGAAGCGUUGCUUGCGCCUAUCGAUCAAUAGCGAGAAUUAGCGCGAUAUGUUUGCCACUAAUACUGCGCGGAAAGUGAACCAGAAGAACAAGAAGUCUUGUUUUGAUGCUAGAAUCUCCAUGCUAGCUGCAAAGAUAAUCAGUAAGUUUAGUUCUGUUCUCAAACGUUUUUACUCAUUGUCACACCACCGAGACAAGCCACUUGAUGGAUAGACUUGACAUAUUCCAUAGAGCAAUUUGCUAUGUCACUACACCCAACAAAGGUAACUGAAACCGGUUGCUGGAUAUCGAACUAGUAUUCGAGAUAUGAAAUGCAAUUGACAUCAUGAUGUUGAUCCUACUAUCAUCGACGUCGCCGACCUUUAUAGAGGCGCGACUUAGCAGGCUGAAGAUUUCUUGCCUUUGCAGUACUAGCGCAAGUUAGGAGGUUUAGUCGAUAGUGGUGCAACUAAAAUUCUGAUGUAAUUGCAGUUCAGACUGAGGAGGCAGGGUGAUAAUCGAAUACCAUGAAUUCCGAAAUCUACUAUCGCCGGUGAAAUUUUAGUUCGAUGCUGGGGCUGAAUGAGACUGGUCUCGCAUGGAAUGAAAGCCUAGGUUUGAGUAUCGGUCUGCGAUAACGAAUGAUCUCGACUUCGAGAUCAACCUUCUCCUGCCUAUCUCAGCGCAUGAAAGAUGAAACUUAUCACCGAGAAGGUCGCUGAGUACAACUGUAGUUCAGAGUCUAGUAGUACCUUGUUUAUCUUCUUCAAAAUUGUGCGUAAAAAGAGACUUGGAUCUCUUGCCAAGUUGCUUUUAUGCAUGCAUGCAAAACACAAAGAAACCAAGGAUUCAGAAUAGUCAGAUUUCCAUUAUGUUGAUUUGUCCUGCAAAAUGAAUGAACUGAUAGGUGAAGUUGAAAAU